CCGGGAUGUUUUCUCUGCUGACCAACCUCCACCGCCAUUGCAGGUCCAGGGAGUCGGUGUAGUGACAGUCGUUAGCCGGGGAAGACCGCAAGUAAACAGUUAAGGGAAGGAAUAAAAAACAAAUAAAGUACAGUCACACCGACAGCGCGUUUUAAAUAAGGCGUAGAAUUCGCUUACAAUUGGACUUUAGACUAGAGACUUCCUGGCUGUCCGGCUAGGAUCUGAGAGAAGCAGCCGUAGUUUGUUAGCAUUAGACGAGACCGGAGGAGAGUGAGAGAGGAACCGCCAUGGCUCAGAUCCUGCCUAUUCGCUUUCAGGAGCACCUGCAGCUCCAAAACUUAGGGAUCAAUCCGGCCAACAUAGGCUUCAGCACCCUAACCAUGGAGUCUGAUAAGUUCAUCUGUGUGCGUGAGAAGGUGGGUGAGCAGACUCAGGUGGUGAUCAUCGACUUGGCCGACCCCAACACACCUAUCCGCAGGCCCAUCUCAGCUGACAGCGCCAUCAUGAAUCCAGCCAGCAAGGUCAUUGCACUUAAAGACGCUGCCAAAACUCUUCAGAUCUUUAACAUUGAGAUGAAGAGCAAGAUGAAGGCGCACACCAUGACCGACGAUGUUACCUUUUGGAAGUGGAUCUCUCUUAACACAGUUGCACUUGUGACUGACAAUGCCGUCUACCAUUGGAGCAUGGAGGGUGACUCACAGCCUGUGAAAGUCUUUGACCGGCACUCUAGCCUGGCAGGCUGCCAGAUCAUCAACUACCGCACUGAUGCCAAGCAGAAGUGGCUCCUGCUCAUCGGCAUCUCAGCUCAGCAAAAUCGAGUGGUGGGAGCCAUGCAGCUGUACUCUGUUGAGAGAAAAGUUUCUCAGCCCAUUGAAGGCCAUGCUGCCAGCUUCGCCCAGUUUAAGAUAGAAGGGAAUGCAGAAGAGUCAACUCUGUUCUGCUUUGCUGUCAGAGGCCAGGCUGGAGGGAAGUUGCACAUCAUUGAAGUGGGAACCCCACCAACUGGUAACCAGCCAUUUCCUAAGAAAGCAGUGGAUGUCUUCUUCCCUCCAGAAGCCCAGAAUGACUUCCCUGUAGCCAUGCAGAUAAGCUCAAAGCACAAUGUGGUUUUCCUCAUUACCAAAUAUGGCUACAUCCAUCUCUAUGACUUGGAGACUGGCACCUGCAUCUACAUGAACCGCAUCAGUGGAGAGACCAUCUUUGUCACCGCUCCACAUGAGGCCACCUCAGGCAUCAUUGGGGUCAACAGGAAGGGGCAGGUUCUGUCUGUCUGUGUGGAAGAGGAAAACAUCAUUCCCUACAUCACCAACGUGCUGCAGAAUCCAGAUCUGGCUCUCCGCUUAGCUGUCCGCAACAACCUCACGGGAGCCGAAGAGCUGUUUGCACGCAAGUUCAACAACCUGUUUGCUGCUGGCAACUACUCCGAUGCCGCCAAGGUUGCUGCUAAUGCACCAAAGGGCAUCCUGCGCACUCCAGAUACCAUCCGUCGUUUCCAGAGUGUUCCCACUCAGCCUGGCCAAACCUCCCCCUUGCUGCAAUACUUUGGUAUCCUGUUAGACCAGGGUCAGCUCAAUAAGUUUGAGUCCCUGGAGCUUUGCAGGCCUGUCCUCCAGCAGGGGCGAAAGCAGCUUUUGGAAAAGUGGUUGAAGGAAGACAAGUUGGAGUGUUCUGAAGAACUGGGUGACUUGGUGAAGGCGGUGGAUCCUACCUUGGCUCUCAGUGUGUACCUGAGGGCCAACGUUCCCAACAAGGUCAUUCAGUGCUUUGCAGAGACUGGUCAGUUUCCUAAGAUUGUCCUGUACGCCAAAAAGGUCGGCUACACACCAGACUGGAUCUUUCUGCUCAGGAAUGUGAUGCGGAUCAAUCCAGAACAGGGCCUGCAGUUCGCACAGAUGCUAGUCCAAGAUGAAGAGCCACUGGCUGACAUUACACAGAUUGUGGAUGUGUUUAUGGAGUACAACCUGAUUCAGCAGUGCACAUCAUUCCUUCUGGAUGCCCUGAAAAACAACAGACCCUCAGAAGGACCUCUCCAGACUCGCCUGCUGGAGAUGAACCUCAUGCAUGCACCACAGGUUGCUGAUGCAAUCCUGGGCAACCAGAUGUUCACCAACUAUGAUCGUGCCCACAUUGCCCAGCUGUGUGAGAAAGCUGGACUCCUGCAAAGAGCACUCGAGCACUACACUGACCUGUAUGACAUCAAGCGUGCUGUGGUGCACACACACCUGCUCAACCCAGAGUGGUUGGUGAACUACUUUGGCUCGUUGUCAGUGGAAGAUUCUCUGGAGUGCCUCAGGGCCAUGCUCUCAGCUAACAUCCGCCAGAACCUGCAGAUCUGCGUCCAGGUGGCGUCCAAGUACCAUGAACAGCUCACCACACAGGCUCUCACUGAACUCUUUGAGUCCUUCAAGAGCUUUGAAGGUUUGUUCUAUUUCCUGGGCUCUAUUGUAAACUUCAGUCAGGAUCCUGAAGUUCACUUCAAAUACAUCCAAGCUGCCUGCAAGACGGGCCAGAUCAAAGAGGUGGAAAGGAUCUGCAGAGAGAGCAACUGCUACGAUCCUGAGCGUGUCAAGAACUUCCUCAAGGAAGCCAAACUAACUGACCAGCUCCCACUCAUCAUCGUCUGUGACCGUUUCGACUUUGUCCACGACCUGGUCCUCUACCUGUACCGCAACAACCUGCAGAAAUACAUUGAGAUCUAUGUUCAGAAGGUAAAUCCGAGCCGUCUGCCUGUGGUGGUUGGUGGCCUCUUAGAUGUGGACUGCUCUGAGGAUGUCAUCAAGAGUCUGAUCCUGGUUGUCAGAGGACAGUUUUCCACGGAUGAACUGGUCGCUGAGGUGGAAAAGAGGAACAGGCUGAAGCUGCUCCUGCCCUGGCUCGAGUCUCGUAUCCAUGAAGGCUGUGAAGAGCCAGCAACCCACAAUGCUCUGGCCAAGAUCUACAUUGACAGCAACAACAACCCUGAACGCUUCCUGAGGGAAAACCCUUACUAUGACAGCCGUGUGGUGGGAAAGUACUGUGAGAAGAGAGACCCCCAUUUGGCAUGUGUAGCUUAUGAGAGAGGACAGUGUGACCAGGAGCUGAUCAAUGUCUGCAAUGAGAACUCCCUUUUCAAAAGCUUGUCUCGCUACCUUGUACGACGCAGAGACCCUGACCUGUGGGCCAGUGUGCUGCUGGAGACCAAUCCCUACAGGCGACCACUUAUUGAUCAGGUGGUGCAGACAGCACUGUCAGAAACCCAGGACCCAGAGGAGGUUUCGGUCACAGUCAAGGCUUUCAUGACUGCUGACUUGCCCAACGAGCUCAUUGAGCUGCUGGAGAAGAUUGUGUUGGAUAACUCAGUCUUCAGUGAACACAGAAAUCUGCAGAACCUGUUGAUCUUGACGGCCAUCAAGGCUGACCGUACUCGAGUGAUGGAAUAUAUCAGCAGGCUAGAUAACUAUGAUGCCCCUGACAUCGCAAACAUUGCCAUCAGUAAUGAGCUCUUUGAGGAGGCCUUUGCCAUCUUUAAAAAGUUUGAUGUCAACACCUCUGCUGUGCAGGUGCUGAUCGAGCAUAUUGGCAACUUGGACCGAGCCUAUGAGUUUGCAGAGCGCUGCAAUGAGCCCGCUGUGUGGAGCCAGCUGGCCAAGGCUCAGCUGCAGAAGGGCCUUGUUAAGGAAGCCAUUGAUUCCUACAUCAAGGCUGACGACCCCUCUGCGUACAUGGAGGUGGUACAGGCUGCUGAUACGAGUGGUAACUGGGAGGACUUGGUCAAAUUCCUGCAGAUGGCUCGUAAGAAGGCCCGCGAAUCCUACGUAGAGACCGAGCUGAUCUUUGCUUUGGCCAAAACCAACCGCCUUGCUGAACUUGAGGAGUUCAUCAAUGGGCCCAAUAAUGCUCACAUCCAACAGGUUGGUGACCGCUGCUAUGAUGAGAAAAUGUAUGAGGCCGCUAAACUGUUGUACAACAACGUUUCCAACUUUGGUCGUCUGGCUUCAACCCUGGUGCACCUCGGAGAGUACCAGGCUGCUGUGGACGGCGCCCGUAAGGCCAACAGCACCCGCACCUGGAAAGAGGUGUGCUUCGCCUGUGUGGAUGGACAGGAGUUCAGACUGGCGCAGAUGUGUGGUCUCCAUAUCGUAGUGCACGCCGAUGAGCUGGAGGAGCUGAUUAACUACUACCAAGACCGUGGUUACUUUGAGGAGUUGAUUACCAUGCUGGAGGCCGCCCUGGGCCUGGAGCGUGCUCACAUGGGGAUGUUCACAGAGCUGGCCAUUCUCUAUUCCAAGUUCAAGCCCCAGAAGAUGAGGGAGCAUCUGGAGCUCUUCUGGUCAAGAGUUAACAUCCCAAAGGUCCUGAGAGCAGCAGAGCAGGCUCACCUGUGGGCCGAACUUGUCUUCCUGUAUGACAAAUACGAGGAGUACGACAACGCCAUCAUCACCAUGAUGAACCACCCGACAGAUGCCUGGAAGGAGGGCCAGUUCAAAGACAUCAUCACCAAGGUGGCCAACGUGGAGCUGUAUUACAAAGCCACCCAGUUCUAUCUGGAGUUCAAACCAUUGUUACUGAACGAUUUGCUUAUAGUGCUUUCCCCCAGACUGGACCACUCACGCGCCGUCAACUUCUUCACCAAGGUGAAACAGCUGCCUCUGGUCAAACCGUACCUACGGUCAGUACAGAACCACAACAACAAAUCGGUCAACGAAGCACUUAACAACCUCUUCAUCACAGAGGAGGACUAUCAGGCACUGAGAACAUCAAUAGAUGCCUACGAUAACUUUGACAACAUCUCACUGGCCCAGCGCUUGGAGAAGCACGAGCUGAUUGAGUUCAGGAGAAUCGCUGCCUACCUGUUUAAGGGCAACAACCGCUGGAAACAGAGCGUAGAGCUCUGCAAGAAGGACAAGCUUUAUAAGGAUGCCAUGCAGUAUGCUUCAGAAUCCAAAGACACAGAGCUGGCAGAGGAGCUGCUGUCCUGGUUCCUGCAGGAGAACAAGAAGGAGUGUUUUGCCGCCUGCCUGUUCACUUGCUACGAUCUGCUACGACCUGAUGUGGUGCUGGAGACCUCCUGGAGGCACAACAUCAUGGACUUUUCUAUGCCGUACUUCAUUCAGGUCAUGAGGGAGUACCUCAGCAAGGUAGAUAAACUUGAAACCUCAGAGUCUGUAAGGAAAGAGGAGGAGCAGGCAACAGAGACGCAACCCAUCGUCUACGGAACACCCCAGCUGAUGCUGACAGCAGGCCCAAGCGUCCCUGUGGCCCCUCAGCAAGCGUAUGGCUACGGCUACCAGGCGCCCGCAGGAUACGGUCAACCAGCAGCUCAGCCAGGCUUCGGCUAUGGCAUGUAAAGACCCCAGCUCCUUAUCUCCACUUACAGGGUGGAGCUUCCAUCCAUCCAUCCCCCACAGUCCUUCACCACACCAUUACCCUCUCGCUCUGCCUUCAACAGGGAGAGAACAGCAACAAACUCGUCUUCAUCUUUCUUUUGUUUUUAAACCUUUCUUUACCCCCCUUAAACUGCCAUGAAGGACUCAGUUUUUUUUCUGUUGUCAAACGAAAGGUUUGAAUCACAAAGAUUUAAUUUCCUCACAUUCCGUAUUGACUACAUUAAUUUUUCUUAUGUUUAUUUUAUUUGAAUGGGAAAUGGUUUAUGUACAAUGGGAGGGUUGGUUUGUGGGAAGAGCUGGUCUUCUCCAAAAAAAGAAAAAAAAAAACCACACAAACACACAAAGGUCUGUUGUGAAGCAUCUGGUUUGCACUCUGUAGUGAGAAGAAAUAAUGUAGAACCGCUUCCUUUUGAUGUGCGUGAGCAGCUUCUUCUUUCAGACUGUAAAAUGCAUUUAAUUAUUGUAUAUUCAGACACAUGGCCGCUGCUUCCGUCCCCACAAUCCUGAAACACUACGCUGUCCCAUUAAUGCCCCAAACUCAAACUUCAGGGCUGGUUUGAUGAAGAAAAUCCCAGAAGAGUAUUUUACGUACAAUUUACAGGAAAGUUUGGUUCUUUCCAGCAAAGCCUAUGCAGAAAAACAUUUACUUCCAGAUGACAUGUCUAUGUGCUUUACACACGGCUUUAAUGUGGGACGAUUCCAGCUUAGGAGGGGCUGCAGACCUGUUUGUGCUCGACUAACAACCCCCCCCCCCUCCCUUUAUGCUGUGGUUUGUUUCUGCAGGAGACAUUUGUCAAACUUUAUUCUCCUGUUUGAUUAGAUUGAAUGUUAAGUUGAACUCCUCUAAAUCAGAAACAAUAUCACAACACUUGUGGGAUUGUGAAGGUUUUUUUUCUUAAGGCUUGUGUGUGUGUAUACAGGAAAUCAAUCAUUAACUCCUUUGAACUUAUAUUCUUAUCUCAAUUACCUUAGAUUUAAAUUGUGCACUUAAGAUACUUGAUUGUGCAUAAUCAGGAUCAUAAUGAAUGAAACAGCGGUUUUGUUUUCCACUUAAAAAAUAAAAUAAAGGCUUCUUGUUUGUCAA